AUGAGCUCCAGUGGCACAGAUGACGAGGAGAUGCAGCGGGCCUUCGAGGCCGUGAAGGCCGCCAAGGCCAUGAAGGCAGUGAAGGCCAAGCGCAGCGUGAAGAUCACCAGGCAGGUGCAGCAGCACAUGCAGCAGGCAGCUUCCCGCGGCCCUGACGACCAGCACAGUGGACAGCACGCAUCUGGGCGACCGGGCGACACUGCGACCAGGCCUGGCAGCACAGACUGCCAGGGGCAUGCGGCGAUGCCUGUCCCUCACCGCGUUGCCAAGCCCGAGCUGUCAUGCUCUGCGAGCGUCAAGGACUCAUAG